UGGAAUCCUAGUUCGUAUGGUGACAUUAAAGAAAUUCAUUUAGCCGAUCAUGAAGUUUGGCAACCUGAUGUGUUUCCAUACAACAGUGCGACAGGCAGUACAAUAGAUCAUUAUGGCAACACUAAUCUCAUUGCAUAUUUCAAUGGAACUGUUAUUUGGGUUCCUCCAUCCAUAUUUCAAGUUUUUUGUCAAAUGGAUUUUACAAAUUGGCCAUUCGAUAGUCAAACAUGUUCACUUAAAAUUGGAUCAUGGACUUAUAAUGGCGAACAAGUUGAUUUGUUUAAUUCGAAUCACAUGCAAACAUUACCAAAUUUAGUACCCAAUUCGGAAUGGGAAUUUGUUAAAAUGACAGUUAAAAGGAAUUCAGUUUAUUAUCCCUGUUGUCCGAUUCCAUAUACGGACGUUACAUUCGAACUCACGAUUCAACGACAUUCUGCAACUUAUAAAGCUCUUAUCAUUACGCCAGUUUCCGGUAAAUGA